GUGCCGGGUGGAUGAUGGCGAGGCGCGGGUAUUUGUUUGUCGGGGUUGUAUUGUUGUUGUUGUCGAGUCACGGGUUUUGUGCGGAGUUUCUCUUCCGUUUUGGAUCUUACUAUGCCGAUCACAUGGUGUUACAGAAAGAACCUGGCCGAGCUGUGGUGUGGGGAUAUGGUGCAGUAGGAGCAAUAAUCCGUGUGUCAGUCCGGACAGACAACAAUACAUUAACUCAUGAAGUAACAAGAGUGAACCAAGGUGUCUGGAAUGUUUUCCUUCGCCCUUUUGGUCCAGGUGGUCCAUUUUGGAUUAUUGCAGAGCAGAGUUAUUCCAGAAGAUUGGAAAGAAUUGUUUUAAAAGAUGUUUAUUUUGGAGAUAUCUGGCUGUGCGGUGGGCAAAGCAAUAUGCAGAUGACAGUAUCGCAGAUUAUUAAUGCAAGUGAAGUGCUCUCGCUUGCUUCUCAUUAUCCUUUUAUACGACUCUUCCAAGCAGGAUUGAACGAAUCAGCUGAAGAGUUGAAUGAUCUUGAUAGCAUUGCGGUACAGUGGUCGAUUCCCACUGCAGAGAUUCUUGGACAAGGCAACUUCACCUCAUUCUCGGCUGUCUGCUGGUUGUUUGGUCAAUACCUCUAUGAUAAGCUACAGUAUCCUAUCGGCUUGGUGGAAUCAUGUUGGGGAGGAACUCCCAUUGAAGCUUGGUCUUCCCAACGAGUCCUGCACAAAUGUGAAAUUCCUUUCAGUAUUGGCAAUCGAGUAAAUGAGAAAACCGGUCCCCAUCAACCCACUGUUUUGUGGAAUGCAAUGAUACACCCUCUACGUAGAAUGGCAAUCACAGGAGCCAUCUGGUAUCAAGGUGAAGCAAACACAAAUUGGCACAGUGCACAGUAUAACUGCACCUUCCCAGCAAUGAUAGAAGAUUGGAGGCAGGUUUUCCAUCAAGGCUCUGGAGGAGCCACACAAAUAGACUUCCCUUUUGGAUUUGUCCAGCUGUCCACAUACCACCAUGCUGUCCCAGAUGAUUCUUUCCCAUGGAUACGUUGGCAUCAAACUGCUGAUUUUGGUUAUGCUCCAAACCCAAAGAUGAAGAGAACAUUCAUGGCAGUCGCAAUGGACCUGGGUGAUGAGAAAUCACCUUAUGGCACCAUUCAUCCUCGAUACAAACAAGAUGUCGCAUAUAGAUUGUACCUUGGUGCUCGAGCAGAGGCUUAUGGAGAAACAGCAGUCGUUUUCCAGGGCCCAUUUCCUAAGGAUGUCCAGCUCAAGAACAGCACAGUAUUGACCAUCAUCUACAUGCAGGAGCUGACAGUGCUGGAGCUCAGUCGUGAUAUAUUUGAGGUGUGUUGCUGUACAACAUGGAAUUUGUCUAGCUGUAAGUGGCUCUCUGUCCCCAUUGUCGACCAUUCUGUCAAUACAAUAUCUUUAUCUCUAAAUCAGUGUCACCAGAAGGUGACUGGUAUCCGUUAUGCUUGGAUGGAGUGGCCAUGUGACCUGAAGAAGUGCCCUUUAUACAGCAAAGAUUCUAACUUACCUGCUCCAACAUUCAUGAUACAACCAAUCCACAAUGGACCAUUCUGAAUGUCGCCUAUCAAAUCGUUGCUAUAAAAUAAAUUUUAGGGAUAUUUAGACUGUUUAAAAUAUGACCAACUUUAGUGCCAGUCUAGAUCUCCUUCCCAUUGGGGUGAUGCAAAUCUGAUAUUUCAUGUACUGAAUUUGAAAGGUCAGUAGAAAUUUUGAAUCCAAUGCGAUCCUGUCAGACUUUAAUAUUAAUACAUUUUCUGCUUUUUCUAAUGUGUGAAAUAAAUAAUCUUAGAAGGGUACACAAGCUGGAACUAUAGCAUUGACUUUCCUGCAUGAUAUGAAUAUUUUAAAUUGAAUAAUAAACUUAUACAUGCAGUAAUCUGCUCAGAGAUCUAACAAUAUUGGGUCAUUGAUAAAUCUAUCAAUAGCAUGUCAUGUUUGUAUUUUAAUUAAAAAUUGAGUGAAACACUUAUAGAAUGUAAAUUACAAUCUUGGCUGUGAUCAGUGAGUGUUUGCAAUAAUUUUAAUAGGAACAAUUUUAAUGGGCAGUAUGGUGGCUCAGUGGUUAGCACUGCUGCCUCACAGGAUCAGGGACCCAGGUUCAAUUCCAGCCUCGGGCGACUUUCUGUGUGGAGUUUGUGCAUUCUCCCCGUGUCUGCGUGGGUUUCCUCCGGGUGCUCCAGUUUCUUCCCACAGUUCAAAGAUGUGCAGGUCAGAUGAAUUGGUCAUGCUAAAUUGUCCAUAGUGUUAGGUGCAUUAGUCAGAGAGAAAUGGGUCUGGGUGGGUUACUCUUCAGAAGGUCGGUGUGGACUUGUUGGCCGAAGGGCCUGUUUCCACACUGUAGGGAAUCUAAUCAAAAGCCUUAAAUUAUAAACUUGACAGAGUGUGACCUCACAUACAGAACUCAUGCUUCAAGAAGGAGUUCAAAGCAAUGUCAGUUCACCAACUCAUGAGUUAGCAUAAGAAAGCAGUUUUAAAAUCCUUUACUAAUAUUAUCAAAGUGACAGGUUUCACAUUAGAAGCUACCAGCCCAGUGUUGUAAGAUCAGUUAUAAAAUGACCUAAUGAGAAAUAAAAUGAAAUUUUGGGCAUUGUAGCUUCAACAACUUUUGGAAUCCGAAUUCUGAUAAUGCAGAGGAUAUGCUUAAUAUUACAUGUGCUGAAAUAGUUUGAACUUUACCUGUGUGUGUUUCCUGCAUGUAGACUGGGUGGCUUGAUGUACAAACUUCUUUACGGUACAUCAGCAUGGAAGGCACAGGAAAAAUAAUCAAAGUUAUUCAAGAGAUUAUUCCUCCUUUCAUUUAAUUCUCAACUCCUCAGUAUUGAAGCAGUAUGUAACUGAAUGCAGCAAUGUCUGACAAACACUUGAAUCUGGACUGAUAUUUGAUAAGUGCCAGGUAAAGACUAUCUAUAGCCAGGAAGAAUAAACUCCCCUGAUAUUCAACUCUGACUCCCCCUGUUGUACUUUAAAAUUUCAUCACCAACUUGACAGAUCAACCAAAUAAAUACUUUGCAACAGGUCAGAGGCUAGGAAUUCUGCAAUAAAUAAUUCUCCAUUCGAUACAGAAUUGACCCACUAUCUACAACAGUCAGGAAUAUGAUGGCACACUCUGCUUGAAUGGUUGAGUGCAGCACUCAAAAAGUUUGAGUCAUCUAAGACAAAGCAGUCUGUUUGACUCAUCACAUUACUUACUCUAAGUAUGCAUAAAAGGUGCAUCAUGGUUUCAGUGUCUGCAAGAUGUACUAAGUUACCAAGGCUCCUUUGACAGCACCUUCCAAAAUUGUGACCUGUCUCUCUUAGAAGCACAGGCAGCAGAUGUUUUCUUGACUUCUGCAAGCCACAGACCUGGACUUGGGUCUAUACUGCCGUUCCUUCACGGUCAUUGAGUCAAAAUCCUGAACUCCACCCUAACCACACAACGGGACAGUCUUCAUCACAUGGACUGCAGCCAUUCAAGAUGGUGACUCCGCAUUUUGGCUGCAAAAGCAUCAUGUUCAGUUAAACUAAGUAUUGGAUGUUAGAUGGAGAUGAUCGAGAAGUAUGGUGCUGGAAAAGCACAGAUAUUUGUGGAGAUAUUUAGUAGUGUAGACAUUUAUAAAAGUUUCUUCACCCUCAAGGUGGAAUCUAUGAGGUAUAGCCAAGAGUGCCAUUGCAUUCUUAUUUAAAUUGUACAUAUUAUUAUAAACAUUUAGUUAUCUAAAUAUGUUUUUUGAAACAAGCUUAUGUUACAAUGCAAAGUUCGAACACCCAGAAAAGCUCGCCUUGCCUCAUAAUCUGUUCAAAUGUGAGUGAGUGACAGAGCAGUCCUAAUUCCCACUAUUUAAAGAAAAAUAAUAAUUUAUUUUCCUAAUAAAACACUAAAUGAAGCUAUUAACAAACUGAACUCUUUCCCCUAACUGAACAUAAUCCUGUUAACAUACUGUUCAAGUAGCACAAUUUUAAACAUUACAUUAACUUAAUCUCAAGUCCUCUUCUUUCUUUUUACAGCAAGUAUGUUUUACAGGAAGAGGUACCUUUUAUAUAGAGUGUCUUCUAACUUUGAGCACAAGAUUUUAGAUGGGCAGUUAACUCUCUGGCUCUAUGGCAGUUACUCUGCUGUUUGGGGGUAGUUGCUGUGUCCAAUUUUCAAAAUGCCCUCUCAUUGUUCAAAUGUUAUCAAAACAAUGAAUUCAAACUCAAUUGGGUUUUAGCAUCCUGGUCAUAAUUUAAAUUAACUGAUUAAAUUUGAAUUGUUGUCAAAACAGCAACCAAAAACUCAGGUAUCUAUUUAACAGCUAAUUGUUACAUAUAGUUCUGUUUCCAAAAGGGUGGCACGGUGGCACAGUGGUUAGCACUGCUGCCUCACAGCGCCAGGGGCCUGGGUUCAAUUCCCGCCUCAGGCGACUGACUGUGUGGAGUUUGCACGUUCUCCCCGUGUCUGCGUGGGUUUCCUCCGGGUGCUCCAGUUUCCUCCCACAGUCACAAAGAUGUGCGGGUCAGGUGAAUUGGCCAUGCUAAAUUGCCCGUAGUGUUAAGUAAGGGGUAAAUGUAGGGGUAUGGGUGGGUGGCGCUUUGGCGGGUCGGUGUGGACUUGUUGGGCCGAAGGGCCUGUUUCCACACUGUAAGUAAUCUAAUCUAAUAUCUAUUCUGGAAUAGCCCAUCUCCCAGCUGUUCUGCUCGGCCAGCUAAGCUGCAUUUCAAAUUCAAAAAAAACUCCCUCUUUUAAAGUGAACAAACCCACGUUUUUGACUUCAUGACACUUACUUUGUAACAGCCCUUAUAAAUCAUCAAUUGUUUCAGAUUGAUGUAUAGCAAAGUUCCCUCAAGGCUGGAAUAACUCUAUAUUUAUGAAGCUACCAAAAGAAAAUGACUACACUUAACGAUUGGGCAAUAGACAGAGCUAGGAUUCUAAGACAUGAGGCCAAAUAUGGAAUGACAUAAGAAAUUCCAAAUGUUGAGAAAGAAAUAUAGAGGCUGACACUUCUCCCAAUAGCAUCAGAUUAUAUUGUUAGUGUUAACUGCUUUAAUCUGUUGAUUAUUAGGCUGUUCUUGUUCAAAAGAAUUAUACAUUGCUUGUGAGUCAACUUGUUUAAUUCUGACUGCUGUGUACUCUUUUAAAUCAAAAUUAAUAAAACAUGUAUCUUGCAUCCCAGAA